AUGAAGCCGAUAGCGGUGCUCUGGUCUGGCCUUGUAGCCUUUCCAUUACCAGCGCUGGCCCAGACGGUUGAGUACAGCACCAAUUCCGAUGGUGUUGUGUACAGCUCGACCGUCUACGACACUGCCUCAACUACAUCGACUGAUCCCUAUGCCACCACGUCGACCGACUACACCUCAGGCUCGGCAUACCCCAGUAGCACACUCUCCAGUUCGCCCAUGACAGGGAGCACCUAUGUCAGCACGACUGCGACAGAUGCCUCGAGCCCAACGACACUCCCAGCGAUUCAAACAGUUCCGUUCACAGGCCAGGCUUUGCUUGUCGGCACAUGUAACAUACCCCAAUUCACCAUCCUGGCUUUCCCCGAUGGCGGAUCGCUCGAGGUGCCCUUGAUCGGCUGCUCAGACGACCGGCCGGACUGCUGCCCCUCUCUAAACCUCACCCAAUUCGAGCCUGAGCAGACUGGCUCUGCGUCUGCAUCGGGGGAAGGAAGUGAGGAUGAAGACCACCCGACCACUUCAUGGACAGGCACUACCCCUAGCCCAACUCCGACCGGCGUUAUAUCGCUGCUGAGCAAGGCCCCACUGACCGUUUGUCCCAAUGACAUGAAAGAUUUGGAUCCCGUGUGCUGUCCUAUCGGCUUCUCGCAAUAUGGCCAAAGCAUCGUCGGAAACCUUCCCUGUGUCAGCUCACUUACCACGACGGUCUAUUCGCCCGACGCGUCGGUCCUGGCAUCUAUCACCUCGGCGAUAUCUGUCUCAAUGGCAGCGGCGUCGACGACUUCGACGCCCACCGUCAGCGUGAUCAUCAACCAAGUCUUCGCGCUCGGCUUACCCUGUGCCGACGAUGAAGGGGAAGAAUCAGAAGAGGCCACACACCUCAGCAAUGGCGCGAAAGCAGGCAUCGGCGCCGGCGCCGGAGUACUCGCCCUGCUACUGAUUGGCGGUCUCUGGGCCUGUCUAGCUGUUCGUCACCGUCGGCGCGGACGGAUGCGCAAACUCGAAGCUGCAGCAACGGAGGCAGGCGGCCCAAUCCGGCCUGGGGCGGCCCAGGAUAAAAAACAGGGGGGAGCAUACGGCGCCUCGUCCGCCGAACCAAAACACAUGUCUGUCGCGACGACCGUCACGCCAGGAAGCCCUGCUUUGGUCCAACAUCCGGGCUAUGGAAGCGGGAUGGCCGGCUACCAGCACCCGCACCCGCACGGCUACGGUCCUGCAUUCGGGUACACACAGCCGCCACCACAGCCCAACGUGAUGAUGCACCAGAACCAGGCAUACCACGUUUCUCCGUCUCCUCCGCCUGUCUACGGUUACGGACCGCACUAUAACGAGGCGGCAGGACCUAAUGCUAAUCCCCUGGGCAUCUUUCAAGGAGCACCGGGACUCGUGGCGCACGGAGGACAGACUAAUCCGAGUCCCGUCUAUCCCGUGGAGAUCGACGCCGGCGAACUCAAACCCAACCUCAGCCCUGGCAUCCUCUCUCGCUGCAGCGACACCCACAGCCAAGUCACGAGCACGACGGCCGUGAACAGCACCUCCCUUGGCGCUGGUGCUGCAGAGCUGGGGUCCGACACCUACAGCGAUCGAGGCCCCCAAUCCCAAAACUGGGCGUGA